UUUGUUUCGAGGCCGAGGUUCGUGUCUCCCCUUUUCCAGGCCUAUAAUACCUAGACCAGAUACCUACUUGAAGCCGAUCCCCGUAAGUGUCCCCUCCACCAUGUCAUCGCCGAAGCCCCUCAUCAUCCUCAUCCACGGCGCCUUCUUCUCGCCGGUGCACUACCGCUCCUUGAUCGAGCCCCUCCGUGCCCAGGGUUAUCCCGUCGUGGCUCCGCCGCUGCCUUCAACCGGUCUCGACGACUCCGUCGCGGGCAAGACGUAUGUCGAUGACGUGAAGCGCCUCCUCGAGGCCGCCUCCCCUUUCCUCGACGAGGGCAGGGAGGCCGUGGUCGUCGGCCACAGCCAAGGCGGCAUCGCGGCCAGCGCGCUCACCGAGGGCCAGACCGUCCAAGACCGCAAGGCCAGGGGCCUCCAGGGCGGCAUUAGAGCCGUCGUAUACCUAACCGCCUUGGCCAUACCGAAGAAGGGCGACAGCUUGCACGGCCUCCUGGGCGGUACGCCGCCGCCGAUCUACAAAGCCGAGGGUCCCUUCUACGUCCUGACCGAUCAGGUCUUCUCACCUUCGACCGGCGACCACGGCGUGCCGCAGGACGCGCAGGCCGCCCUCUUGCGGACGCUCGUGCACCAGAGCAAGGCAAGCAUCGAGGCGCCGGUGCAGUUCGCGGCGCCCGACGUCACCGUGCCCAAGACCUACAUCGUGUGUACGCAGGACCCUUCACUGCCGGCCGCCCUGCAGGAGUCCAUGGCCGAGGCCGCCGGGUGCCAGGUCGUGCGCGUCGAGAGCGGCCACUUCCCGUUCCUUGAGAGCGACGCCACGGCGCGGGAGGUCGUCGAUGCGAUCGUCAACGUCGCUGGAAAGUGACAUUGAACCUGGCUAUUGCGAUGGUGGCAGGACAAGGCGGGCGAGGAGGAAAAAGAACCAAAUAUCGGAUGAAAAAAAAAAGGAACUUGCUUCAUAGUUGGCUAACUUAGUGCAGCUACAAGGUUACCUAGACAAGACAGACA